AUGUCGUACAAGGGCAACAAGAAAUGGCCGGGGAUGGUCACCUCCGUUCGGGACCGAAAGGCCGAGAAAGAGAAGAAGGAGGAGCUUCUGAAGCGCAAGCGGGAGGAAGAGGAGCGCGAGAAGGCUUUGCGCAAGAGCCAGGAGGAGGUGGCGCGGUGGCUGGAACAGAAGGGGAAGUUCCCAGAGGAUGAGCCACCGCCAAUCCGAGAGAAGCAGAUCAGGCGACGACCCAGCCCGGAGCGGGAGAAGGUCCGACGUCGGACCCGAGAAGAUAGCUACGAGGAUCGAAGAUACACCAAAGACAGGGAUUCGGCAUCGCCAGAGCCCAUUCGUGAGCGCAGAGCGACUCCCGAGCCCCAGGAUUCCAGGCGGUCUCAGCAAGGCGCCGGGGAUGCCUCUCGCGGUGCGCGGAGGAGGUUUGAGGAGGCGCUCCGUGAGGAGCGGCUGGCAGCGCAAGGUCUGGAGGGAGGCUACGAAGGCUAUCUCGGGGACUACGCUGAAGAGGUGCCUGAUGCCAAUGAGGGCCGCUGGAUCUCGUCCACAUCCUCCGGGAAGGACCCUGCGGCGGCAGCGUCCGCCUCCACGGCUGGCGCAUCCUCAGGGGGUUGGGUGGUGACAGAGGAGGCCACCCAAGAGUACGAAGCGCAGAAGAAGCAAGCUGCGCAGGAGAAGAAGAAGCGGAUGGAGGAGGAGAAGCGGCGAAAAGCCAAGCUCGCCAAUGCCUUCGCCUUCGGCAACGAAGAUGACGACGACAAGCGGGAGCAGGAGAGAAUCGCUGCGGCCAAGCAAGCUGCUCAGCAGUGGAAGCAGGAGAUGGCCAACAAGGUGCGGCCCAACAAGGCGGAUGUGCAGGGCACGAGACCUCGCAUAGACAUGUACACUGCCCUCAAGAUGAUUGCAGACUUCAAGCGGAGCUGCAAUGGCAAGGCGAAGCCCAUGCCCCCGGAAAUCGUCGAAGCAACAGUUCCCUGGAAGCACUUCAAGCCCGGCCUGGGCGCAGGCCAUUGUGACGGGGGCCCCGAUGCCAUAGCCUGCCAUUUGGUCGCGGUGCUUGGCAAAGGGGUCUGGGGGGAGCGGAGCAAAAUAGAGGUCGACGGAGCCGAACUCUGUGGGGACGAGGCUUGGUUCGCCGACGCCUCCUUGCGCGCCGACCUGCGGGCCGCUGUGCGCGAGGCUCACCGCGAGCAGAAGAUCCUCAUUGCUUCGCCAGCGGAGGAGGUGCGAAGAAUCUGCGAGGGAUCACACCUGGGCCCUCUGCAUGUGUUGCGCCUCGGUGGUGCCCACCUGGGCGGCUACGGCGAGGCUGACAUCGCCUACUCCUACAGACAGCUGUCGCGAGCCCUCCAUCCGGACAAGAACCCGGACAUACCAGAGGCGGACAAGGCCUUCCACCGCCUCAGCGAGGCGGCUGAGGAGUUGCGCCUGGGCCUCCAGGAGCAGCGGCGCCUCGUCGUGUGGUUCUCGUCGGCGACCGGGCAAGAGGUCCGAGACGACUUGAUGGAGAGGCCCCAGGAGCCUCUCUUCGCUGAGGCGUGCCGCCUUCUGACGGUGGUCUGCGGCGUGGCCGGCGAAGGCCGUGUUGCCACUGUGGCCCGGACAAGGGCCCUUGCGGCCUUCGCCACGCGCCAUCCUGGCUGCCGAGCGCCAGAGCUGAUGGCAAUGUGGUUCGAGAGGCCGCAGUUGCUGGAAGCCUUGGGCUCUCCGUCUUUGCGCACGGCCUACGAUUGCGCCGCCAAGCGCUACCGAGCACAGUUUCUCUGCCUGCUGGGGAGGGCCUUGGCCGCAGAGGUGCGGCGCAUGGGCACGGGCAUGCCCCGGGACGGCUGGAAUCAGAUCUCCCGGACCUUUCCAGAGCUGGGUCUCUGGCAGGAGUUCCGAGAGCAGCUUUACCAGCGUUGCUGGGACGACCCGUGUGGCCCAUUGCCAGGGCUCCACGGCCGUGAGCGCAGCCGAAGCCGCGAGCGCCCGCGGCGCAGCAGGUGGGCCCGCAAGUGGCGUGUGGCCAUGGCGGCGAUUCUGCCCUCCGGCGAGGAUAUGGCGGCGCCGCCAACAGAUCCCGAGGCCCAGAAACUGGCCCACGUGAUUUGGCAGGAUGUCUCCUCCUGGGUCAAAGAUGGGUCUGGCGCGGAGGCCAAACGAGCCCUAGGACUCUUCAGAAUCGACCACCAGUCUGCGGCAACCUUUGGGCGGGAGGCGCGCGAUCCCCGCCCUGGUGGGCAGGUAGGCGAGUGGUGCUUCAUCCCCACCUCAGACCUCUUCCUCGUUAUCGGCGAGGACCUUGUAGGCGUGACGCUUGAAGGCCUUUUUGCCGAUAACGCUCCCGGCCAGAAGAGGCUUAGCUUGGCGGAGUGCUACAGGAAGCGACCCACGCCGGUGGAGGCUCUGAACGAGGGCGCCGAGGAGAAGGGGCCGCCCAAGAAGGCUCGGGGGCCUGCGGCCCCCACGCUGGCGGACCUUUUGAGCUUGGGCCGAUGA